AAGCUUCAAAGCGUCCCCAAGCUGAAGCUUUGCCGAGCUUGCCGUCCGGAGCCAUGGAUACAACUUACAAGCCGCCCCUCAACACGGAGUUUCGGAAGGCCUUGGCAACUUUGCGGCGGGAUCCCUACGGCCGACUGCCGCAGAAGCAGGCGGAGGCUGUGGUCGCCUUCCUCGCAGCAAGCCAGCCCGCGGAGCAGGAGCGCCUGGGCUGGAGCUUUACCCCGGAGCUGGACUCCUUUACCAAGCUGCUGCCCUAUAUCAUUUGCGCCUUCAAUGCCAUUGACCGGGACUGCGAUGAGGUCGUCUCUGACCAGGAGUUCGACGCCUGGAUGGAGCAACCCAAGCUGGAGCAGCGGAUCGAGGAUUCCCAGUGGGGCUUUGCCGACUUAAAGAGCGUGGAGGCCUCGCUGCCUGCGCUGUGCCUGCGCCUCGCAGGGCCCCAGGGCCUGGUUUGCAUCAUGGAGCACAUCAAGCACAUUCACUUCCAAGCGGGGGUCAAGUCCAUGUCUCUGGAGGACUGCGUGCUUGCCGCCAUGAAGGUAUUUACAGAGCUUCGGAUGAGGAUCACAUGAGGCACAGGAAAACAUGUCAGCAAGGCUCAGGCUGAGCCGGGCCGCGGAUAAGUGAUGUACAAAUCAUGUCAUUGGAUAGGAAAGGUCUCACACUUGCAGCGAAGCUGCCCAGGGACCGCACGGGUUUGGAUCCCAGUCUCCCA